AUGGUCGAGGCCUCAACCCAAACCCCAGCCUCAACCCAAACCCCCAGCCUCAACCCAAACCCCAACCUCAACCCAAACCCCAGCCUCAACCCAAACCCCAGCCUCAACCCAAACCCCAACCUCAACCCAAACCCCAACCUCAACCCAAACCCCCAGCCUCAACCCAAACCCCAACCUCAACCCAAACCCCCAACCUCAACCCAAACCCCAACCUCAACCCAAACCCCAACCUCAACCCAAACCCCCAGCCUCAACCCAAACCCCCAACCUCAACCCAAACCCCAACCUCAACCCAAACCCCCAACCUCAACCCAAACCCCCAGCCUCAACCCAAACCCCAACCUCAACCCAAACCCCAACCUCAACCCAAACCCCCAGCCUCAACCCAAACCCCAACCUCAACCCAAACCCCCAACCUCAACCCAAACCCCCAGCCUCAACCCAAACCCCAACCUCAACCCAAACCCCAACCUCAACCCAAACCCCAACCUCAACCCAAACCCCCAGCCUCAACCCAAACCCCAACCUCAACCCAAACCCCCAGCCUCAACCCAAACCCCAACCUCAACCCAAACCCCCAACCUCAACCCAAACCCCCAGCCUCAACCCAAACCCCAACCUCAACCCAAACCCCAACCUCAACCCAAACACCAACGAGCGAAGGGAACGCCCACACCUACACAGCUGACCGUCUCUCCCCUCGGAUACCUUAAUGCUGCAGUUUCCCCUCGCGCCUUGCCUCUGCUUCACUCUGGUUCUGGUUUAUGGACGUGUUUUUCCUCCUUGCAAAACAAGCAGAACACCCAAAAAGGCAGAACAUCCAAGCAAGCAGAACACCCAAGCAAGCAGAACACCCAAACAGGCAGAACACCCAAAAAGGCAGAACAUCCAAGCAAGCAGAACACCCAAACAAGCAGAACACCCAAGCAAGCAGAACACCCAAACAAGCAGAACACCCAAACAACCAGAACACUCACGCAAGCAGAACACCCAAACAAGCAGAACACCCAAACAACCAGAACACUCACGCAAGCAGAACACCCAAACAAGCAGAACACCCAAACAAGCAGAACACCCAAACAAGCAGAACACUCACGCAAGCAGAACACCCAAACAAGCAGAACACCCAAACAAGCAGAACACCCAAACAAGCAGAACACCCAAACUAGCAGAACACCCAAGCAAGCAGAACACCCAAGCAAGCAGAACACCCAAACAAGCACAACACCCAAACAGGCAGAACACCCAAACAAGCACAACACCCAAACAAGCACAACACCCAAACAAGCACAACACCCAAACAAGCACAACACCCAAACUAGCAGAACACCCAAGCAAGCAGAACACCCAAGCAAGCAGAACACCCAAACAACCAGAACACCCAAGCAAGCAGAACACCCACGGAAGCAGAACACCCAAACAAGCACAACACCCAAACAAGCAGAACACCCAAACAGGCAGAACACCCAAACAAGCAGAACAACCAACCAAGCAGAACACCCAAGCAAGCAGAACACCCACGGAAGCAGAACACCCAAACAAGCACAACACCCAAACAAGCAGAACACCCAAACAGGCAGAACACCCAAACAAGCAGAACAACCAACCAAGCAGAACACCCAAGCAAGCAGAACACCCAAACAAGCACAACACCCAAACAAGCACAACACCCAAACAAGCACAACACCGAAACAAGCAGAACACCCAAACAAGCAGAACACCCAAGCAAGCAGAACACCCAAGCAAACAGAAUACCCAAGCAAACAGAACACCCAAACAACCAGAACACUCACGCAAGCAGAACACCCAAGCAAGCAGAACACCCAAACAAGCAGAACACCCAAGCAAGCAGAACACCCAACCAAGCAAAACACCCAACCAAGCAGAACACCCAACCAAGCAAAACACCCAAACAAGCAGAACACCCAAACAGGCAGAACACCCAAGCAAGCAGAACACCCAACCAAGCAGAACACCCAACCAAGCAAAACACCCAAACAAGCAGAACACCCAAACAAGCAGAACACCCAAGCAAGCAGAACAUUCACGCAAGCACAGUGA